AUACAGUGACAUAAGGCAUCAGCUGAGCUGAGGAGGAGGAGGAGGAGGAUGCUAUCGAUGUCACUUUGCUAGUAGCACAUACACUUCAAACAUCAACAAACCGAUAGAGGGUAACGUUAGUGGGAUGGCGUUUGUGAAGAGCGGAUGGCUGCACAGACAGAGCACCAUCUUGCGGCGCUGGAAGAGGAACUGGUUUGACCUCUGGUCAGAUGGACGCCUGGUCUUCUACGAUGACCAGCAGCGGCGGGACAUGGAAGAUGAGAUCCACAUGAAGGUGGACUGCAUCAACAUCCGCAAGUCCAGCGCUUGUAGAGAUCUCGCGCCACCUGAAGGCAAAAGCAAAGACUCCCUCCUGCAGAUCGUCUGCCGGGACGGUCGGAUCAUCAGCAUCUGCGCAGACAGUGCAGACGAUGCUUUGGCUUGGACCAUGGCCCUCCAGGAUGCCAGACUCAACACUGUUGUGGCGCCCUCUCAGAUCGGUUUUGCAGAGGACGUCGUAGCAUCUGCUCCUCCGCCAUAUUCUGAAUUAAAUCCAACUCCACAGGUUUUCUAUCCUGAUGGAUAUGGCGGUUAUGUUUCUCAUCCUCCGCCUUACGCCACACAGAUGGUCUAUUCUGCAGAUGGGCAGCAGUACUCAGUUGCUUACCCUUAUCAUUAUCAAGGUGGAUAUGCACCUGGCGUCAACCACGUGAUAGUGCAGGAGCGUCGUCGUGACGACACAGGUGAUGUUGCUUUGGGGAUGUUGGCCGGCGCUGCGACGGGAUUGGCCCUCGGCUCUCUAUUUUCCGUAUUCUAAUGUGUUUGCGUGAACCCAGCCCAACCUACAGCACGGGACACUGUUCCCGUGCUGUUUUUACUUUGCCUUUACGCCCCGUAACGUUCAGGUCUGAUAAUGUAGCCGGGCUGGGGGUACGUUUGCUUGCUUUUCUGUAUUCGUCUUUGUACCAAAGCUUAUUAUGCACCAAAAAGGGGUUUGCUUUGCAAAUUUAAUCUGUAACUUACAAAGAUGUACACUAAAGUAUUGGCGGCUAGCCUCGAGAUAAGGAUAAUCAGUAAGGUUUAAAGGUCAUCCGCUCUUGAAUAAGACAAAGUGUCUAUUGUGUCUGUCGUCUUACACUAAUGAUGCCCUAUGAAGAAAUGGAACAGACCCCUGAUGAAAUGAAUGAUGGGUAACCUGUUUUGUUUUCUAUUAGUUCGUGGAACUGUUUUCAGUGUAAAGCCAACAUUUUGCUAAAUUAAUAUGUGUGCGACAGUCUCUUUUAAAAAAAAAAAAGGAAUAGUUCACACAAAAAUAAAAAUUCUGUCGGAAAUUUUUUUUUUCUUUGUGAAAGUGUCGGUAAAAGCCUAUAAAAUAACUUCUUAGACAAUUUCUUCAACAUAAAAAUAUAUCUAUAUAUUCUGAACUUUUUGUUUUAAUAUCUUUAAUUAAAAAUCAUAUGCGUUUCAAGCUAUUUUAGAGCGAGUAAAUAAUGGCAGAAUUUUCAUCUUUGUGUGAAAUAUUAAUUUAAAGCUAAUUUGACAGGAAAAUAACACUAAUGAUGACGAUACGUUAUUAAUACUGUGACGGCAGUUGCGAUGUUAUUCAGGAAGGAGUUAAGAGUGCGUCCUUAAUUCUACCGCACCUUUUCUGGUUGUUAUUCCUUUCUUCGCCUUUGUUUUGUUUGCGGCGGCCUUCAUUUGAUUGUUUAUUUAUUCCCAGUGUUAAUAUCAAGUUUGUAUUUUCCCCUUUUUUGUGUAAACUUUACAGAACAGUUCUUUACACUUUCUUUACAGUUGUUUCUUUACUUAUAACUUUACAGAUUUAUUUUGUCCUGUUUGAAGCUUUUUCUCUCUUAAGAGUUAAUAUUAAAUCCUACAUCUUUCCAAUUAACCAAACUAUGAUUAUUCCCAGUGUUUGUGAUGGGAUGCGGUAAGGGAAACUUCAGGGAAAAGUUGCAUCGACUCGUGAUUGUUUAGACUUGCUGUCGCAUUUACACAAUUAUGUGAUCGAUUUGACUGUUGUGUUUACUUACUGUUAGCAGGUAAAAUUAUGAAUACAUAUAAGUGAUAAUAAUCUUCAUUGUUUAAUUUAUACAGGAUUUAUCAGAAUGGAUUUCAGGGCAUGAUUCAGUUUAACACUUUAAUGAUCUGGAAAAAUUACAUUUUCAUCUGAGAUGCUUAUAUCAUUUCUAAUGUUUUUUUCUUUAUUGCUAUGUUGUUUGGACUUUAAAAACAGUUUAAAUGUUAUGUUUUAAAAUAUACCAACUUAAUCAUCAGCGUGUUAUUUUUAAACUAUUAAAAUAAGAUGUCCGGGA